AUGUUCCAACCAAAGACACCCAGCAGACAUCGUACUCGCUCGGACGUUGGCAAAACGCCUAAGACGCCUUUGACACCUUCUGUGUUGUCAGGCUUGGGUAACAUUUCUUUGGGUGGUUCCCCUACGAAAAAGCGAACUGGAAAGACACAUGCAAAGGCUUCUUCUAGCUCUGGUCCCUUCGAUACCACAAACCCCUCUCGUCCAGCAUCUCCGGUCAAGUUCACCACAGGUGCUAUCCCCAUUUCAGAAGACCUUAAAGGGCAGGCCGGUGGUGGACUCAUUCGGAAAGGCGGCGUAGAGCUUAGUCGCCUCGACGUCGUCAGUAGGGACUAUAUUCCUCCAAAGCCAGAGCUCAAGCGUUCCAGAUCUACCCCAGCCGCAAACCGUGACACUAGGGAUCGCUUCAUCACCAGCCGCGAUACAGAAAACGACGUCGCAGCCACUCUUGAACAGAUGCAUCUUAAUCCUAAAUCAGCCUCGCCUGGGCAUACUGCUCGAUUAGUAGCUGCGACUGGCGUCCCGCUUAACCGUCGUAUCCUCGGCUACCACGAGCCGCCGCCUGCUGCCUCUUCCGACACCUCACUCGCUCAACAACGCGAGUUCGCGAAGCCCUUGUACGCCCGACCAGGAACCCUUCCUACUUCUACUGGAUCAUCGACUAAUAAAUCGCGCAGAAUCCCCACACAGCCUGAGCGUGUUCUUGAUGCACCUGGUAUGGUUGAUGAUUUCUAUCUCAAUCUUAUUAGUUGGUCGUGCCAGAACACAGUGGCAGUGGCCCUUGAGGCUUCAACGUAUAUUUGGCAUGCAGACACAGGCUCCGUAAACCAGAUCGGCGAGGCCCCGGAAGGCUCGUACGUUUCAAGCGUAGACUUCUCUAAUGAUGGAAUGUUCCUCGGUAUUGGGAUCGGACAAGGUGAUGUCGAACUGUGGGAUGUCGAGACUGGACAAAAGCUGCGAACUAUGAGUGGUCACCAGGCGCAGAUUGCCACUCUAUCGUGGAACCAGCACAUUCUCACCUCGGGCUGUGGUGACGGUAGUAUCUGGCACCACGACGUGCGAAUUCCUCGACACAAGGUUAUGGAAUUGCUAGGUCACAGUGGAGAGAUUUGUGGCUUGAAGUGGAGAAGUGAUGGAGAGCUUUUGGCAAGUGGAGGCAAUGACAAUGUUGUGAACAUUUGGGAUGGAAGGUUGGGAGAUGUCGGUGAGGGUGCAAGAGGUAGUGCCAAAUGGACGAAGCGGAACCACACUGCUGCUGUCAAGGGGCUUGCUUGGUGUCCCUGGCAAGCCAACCUCCUUGCAUCCGGUGGCGGAACGAAUGAUGCUACCAUCAACGUUUGGAACAGUACUACUGGCGCUCGUCUUCAUACACAAAAGACUCCUUCUCAGAUAACCUCGAUUCUCUGGGCCCCACACAAGAAGGAAAUUCUCACUACUCAUGGAUAUCCCACCAACUCGAUCAUGCUACACGCAUAUCCGAGUAUGGAUCGUGUCGCCGAGAUCCGUGACGCCCAUGACUCGCGAGUUUUGUUCAGUUGCCUUGGGCCUGCGGGUGAUGUCGUGUGCACUGGUGCAAGUGAUGAAAAUCUCAAGUUUUGGAGGAUUUGGGAUGUUGUCGGGGAGGGAAGUGGAAAAAAGAGGAAGGAGAAUGAAGAAAGGAGGGUCAAUUCGACUUCCUCUGGCCAGCUGUCUAUUCGUUAA